UUAAGGUGGUUGACUGGAGAGAGGUUCCUUUCUAUGUGGAGGUUAGCUGUGGCCAGGGUGGCGACACACUCCACUGGCUGAUAACUAGGAAGACAUCCUGGCAUACCAGAGAAGGGAAGGUUAUGCCACUCCACAGGCUUCCUGAAACCCCCACUGUGAAAGAGAAGGGCUGAUCCCCAAGCUCUAGCUACUCUCCUCCCACCUCCACCCGCCUCCCUCCCUAACCACACAUAGCCCCCCACUCCUACUCCGCCGGACCCCGUACCCCAUGGCUGCAGGAGGCCAUGCCCCUGAGAAGGAUGUGUUGAUCAACCUGCAUCAGGAGGAGGAGGAUGAGGAAGGUUCCACAGAGGAGCAGGAAGAGGAGGAGGAGGAGGACUGGGAGAAGGCAUUAUCAGUGGAGAGGUUCGGGGACAUCAUCACUGAGUCCGUGUUCAGCAGCGGAGACAAAAUGGGCCGCAACUACAACGAAAAGGAUUUUGAGUAUCAUCGGCACACCUUUCACCACACUCACCACCCCCUGUCCACCCACCUGCCCCCGCCCCAGCGCCUACGCAAGCGGGUGCUCAGCAUGGACAGCGACCGCCGGCGCAAGAAGAAACGAAAGAAAAAAAAGACCUCCAUGCCGCCCUCGGAGGUCACGCCCACCAUCCAUGAGGUAGAUGAGGAGGAGGAGGCGGAGUCUGAGACAGAGGGGCGGGACCAAGAGGCCACACCCACUGAGCAGCCUGACAACCAACCACAGUUUAGCUUGGGGAGUGAGGAGGAUUUGGAGCCGGCUCUCCCUUUCACUUCCUUCCACAUGGAGAGCGAACAACAUCUGCCGCCAGAGAAGGCCACAUUGGCAAAGGCAGAGGAGGUGGUGGUGGAGGAGGAGGAGGAGGAGGAGGAGGAGGAGGAGGAGGAGGGGGAACAGUGCCCCCCCUCUGUGGACCCCUCUAGUGUGACCACCUGUGGCUGGUUCAGGAGGAGUCCCCUCCACCCUGCACCAAGGACCAGUUACGACCUGCGGGAGCGCAUCUGCAUCGGCAGUAUGACGACCAUGGAAACAGCCGUGUACCAGAAAGUGCCCACUGACGACGCUGAGGCUGAGAUGCUGGCUAGCGCUGAUCUGGACGACAUGAAAAGUCACCGAUUCGAGGACAACCCUGGAGUGAGGCGUCACCUGGUGAAGAAGUCAUCUCGAUGCCAGCUCCUCCAGGCCACCAACAUCUCUUCUCAACUGUCCAGCGUGAAGAAGAAGAGGACGGCUGACAAGAAGACCCAUGAGGUGUUUGUGGAACUCAAUGAGCUGAUAGUGGAUAAGAACCAGGAAAUGCGCUGGAAGGAGACGGCCCGCUGGAUCAAGUUUGAGGAGGACGUGGAAGAGGAGACAGACCGCUGGGGAAAACCCCACGUGGCUUCGCUUUCCUUCCGUAGUCUGCUGGAGCUCCGCAGGACCAUCACACAUGGUGCCGUCCUUUUGGACCUGGAGCAGACCACCUUGCCUGGUAUUGCUCACCUGGUGGUGGAGACCAUGAUAAUCUCAGACCAGAUCAGAGCGGAGGACCGGGCCAACGUGCUCCGUGCCCUGCUGCUCAAACACCACCACCCCAACGACGAAAAGGAGGGCCUCUUCCAUCGCAACCACUCUAGUAACAGCCUUCAAGGCAGCUUCCACCGCAACCACAACCACGUUCCCAACACUGCGUUGCCCCUUGUGGCCGAAGACCAUGCAGCGGUCCACCACCACCAUGACAACAAAGCACCAGACCAUGACAAAGAGGUGUUUGUGAGCUUGUUUAUGAGGGAAAUCACAUCACCCCCCCCCCUGCCGACGGCUCACGACCAUCAGGUUACCAAACACACAAAACUCUUAGCCAAGAUUCCCAAGGACGCCGAAGCAACCGUGGUCUUAGUGGGGUGUGUGGAGUUCUUGGAGCAGCCGGCCAUGGCCUUCAUCAGGCUGAGUGAGGCGGUGCUGCUGGAGUCGGUCCUGGAGGUGCCGGUGCCAGUCCGUUUCCUCUUUGCCCUGCUCGGCCCCGCUCAGUCCAACAUGGACUAUCACGAGAUCGGACGCUCCUUCUCCACCCUGAUGUCUGACAAGAACUUCCACGAGGUGGCUUACUUCGCGGAUGACCGGCAGGACCUGCUGAACGGCAUCAAUGAGUUCCUGGACUGCAGCAUCGUUAUCCCCCCGUCAGACGUGGAGGGCAAGGACCUGCUAAAGACGGUAGCCUCCUUCCAGAAGCAGAUGCUGCGCAAGAGGAAGGAGAGAGAGAACAUUAAGAAGGGCAUGACCCAUGCCACCCACGGGACAGACCAGGAGACCAAAGAGGUGAGCCAGGAUGAGCAGGAAGAGGAGGACCAAGAGGUGGACCCCAUGAAGAGGUCAGGCAUCCCAUUCGGGGGCCUCAUCCAUGACAUCAGACGACGCUACCCACGCUACGCCAGUGACAUCAAGGACGCCUUGGACUCACAGUGCAUUGCCGCCAUCAUCUUCAUCUACUUCGCAGCCCUCUCGCCCACCAUCACCUUCGGAGGACUGUUGGGAGAGAAAACAGAGGGCAUGAUGGGAGUCUCUGAGCUUAUCAUCUCCACGGCGACCCUGGGGGUGCUGUUCUCGCUGUUGGCCGGACAGCCCCUGCUCAUCAUCGGAUUCUCAGGACCGCUGCUGGUGUUUGAGGAGGCCUUCUACAAGUUCUGCCAGGCCCAGGGCUUCGAGUACCUGACUGGCCGGGUGUGGAUUGGCUUCUGGCUCGUCUUCAUAGUGCUGUUGACGGUAGCGGCCGAGGGCAGCUUCUUGGUCAAAUACAUCUCACCCUUCACCCAGGAGAUCUUUGCCUUCCUCAUCUCGCUCAUCUUCAUCUAUGAGACCUUCUCGAAGCUCAUCAAGGUAUUCCAGGAGCAUCCUUUGAUGAGAAGCUACCCGCCUGCUCUCAGCCUGCCCGGUAUGGACUUCAUCAACCCCACAGACCCCGGGGGCCCGGUCCUAAACCAACCCAACACAGCCUUGCUGUCUCUCGUCCUUAUGCUUGGCACCUUCUUUGUGGCCUUCUUCCUCAGGAAAUUGCGCAAUAGUCGCUUCCUGGGCGGGAAGGCCAGAAGAGUCAUCGGAGACUUUGGCAUCCCCAUCUCCAUCCUCUUCUCUGUACUGUUGAGUUACUCCAUUCCCGACACGUACACCCAGAAGCUGAAUGUACCAUCUGGUUUCUCGGUCACGUCUCCUGACAAGCGGGGCUGGUUGAUCAGUCCAUUCGGUGACAAGAAGCCCUUUCCCUUGUGGAUGAUGGGAGCUUCGGUGGUGCCCGCUCUCCUUGUCUUCAUCCUCAUCUUCAUGGAGACACAGAUCACCUCACUAAUCGUCAGCAAGAAGGAGCGUCGCCUGGUCAAGGGAUCGGGCUUCCACCUGGACCUGCUGCUCAUUGUCACGCUGGGCGCCAUGUGCCCUCUGUUAGGCCUGCCCUGGCUCACAGCCGCCACUGUGCGCUCGGUCACGCAUGUCAACGCCCUUACUGUCAUGAGCAAGGCCACAGCGCCUGGCGAGAAGCCUAUGAUCCAGGAGGUGAAGGAGCAGCGGGUGACGGGCCUGGUAGUUGCGGUGCUCGUGGGCAUGUCUAUCGUGAUGACGGACGUGCUCCGUAACAUCCCACUGGCCGUGCUGUUCGGGAUCUUCCUCUACAUGGGCGUCACGUCGAUCACUGGCAUCCAGCUCUACGAGCGCAUCACACUCAUGUUCACGCCCGCCAAGCACCACCCCGACCACAUAUACGUGACCAAGGUGAAGACGUGGCGUAUGAACAUGUUCACCAUCAUCCAGCUGGCCUGCAUUGUGCUACUGUGGGUGGUCAAGUCGACCGUGGCCUCACUCGCCUUCCCCUUCAUCCUCAUCAUGACCGUGCCGCUCCGCCGCCUCAUCCUCUCCCGGAUCUUUGAGGAGCGUGAGCUUCAGGCGCUCGACGGAGAAAAUGAGGACUCCCCCAACUUUGACGAGGAUGGUCGGGACGAGUAUAAUGAGAUUCACAUGCUUGUGUAGACACUUCACACGGGUAGGCCCAAUCGGCUCUCUCCAUCUUCCAAGGCUCUCUCCAUCUUCCAAUCACGAGCAUGUUUCUUAUUACGUCUGGGAGCUGUGUCUUGAAAACACUCAGAUGACGGUAGGAUUUUCGUCCAUCAGAGAAACAUUAUGUGUAUAUAUACUGUAUAUACAUAUAUUAUAUUCAAAUUCUGCUGUACUUUGAUCUAAAAAUGAUGUAAAGGAAUAACCCCACUGUUAUAAUUUGUUUCUGGUUUUCCUGCUGCAACAGUUUUUCCUCUCAAAGAGGUCAGUAGUUCUGCUGCCCUACUGUUGCUGAGCGUGUCAGGAAUCCUCAAGUGCGUGACAUGGACAUUGCACCUUUUAAACACAGACCAAUAGUUCAUAAACACUCGUCCCCACUCAAACCCUGGACAUGGGUUCUUCCUCUUACUUUUAACGGUCAAGCUCUCUACAGGUUCCGGGCGUAAGUGCAAUGACAACAACCCCAAGUACUCCAGUAGGUUGGUUUUCCCUCCCAGUGUUGGAGUCCAAUUUAUUUGGGGCACCGGUGGAAUGAACACUGGUUGUAUGACAGCCACUGGUUUCACUGGGAGCCAAUACUCCACUGCCCUCCUCAGCAUAACUGCAUUUUUACCCUUCUUCGUACUGUAGCCAUUACCAGUGGAAUUCAAUGACCACGUUAACCAAACAGGAAGAUCGGCAUUAUUUUCACUGUGUGCACUCCCUUUAGUUGUGUGCUCCUCACAGGAUACGUUCACUUUUGACCUUUGUGAUUCACCUGCACCGACACACCAGUUCCCUGGUCCAAUAACAGGAGAAGAUGCAUUCGUUGAUCCCCUCUGAAUGCAGUUCUCCCUUAAACGAAGAUACAGUACAUGAGGAUUAUGUGUGUUUUGGAGAGAUGUUACUUUAUAAGGUAUAUUCUGCCCAACAGGCCAAUCCAAUGAUUGUGGAUGCAUACAAGUAAACACAUUGAGAUCUGCUGACCUUGAACAUGUUUAAAUUUUUCUUUAGUAUUUUUGUGACCUUACCGAAUUAAAUGUUAGCCUACCUAUUUACUUUAGUUUGUUGUUAGUUGCCAAAAUUACAUGAAGCGAUAUUGACAUAUGGGAUGCAUUCUAAAUGCCUGUUAGUUGGAAAAAUUUGCAAUUAUUAACAUUAUUCAAAACCUUUGUCAAAGUCACUGGAAUUAUACCACAGGUAUCAAAAUCACUGUGUAGCACCACUGACAUUGUGUACUUCCAUGUUCUGUAGGCAACUGUUGGAUGUGAAGGGUACUAUAGCGUAAGGUAAAACUAACCUUUGUAAAGCAAAUAGAUCAUUGAUCAUUGGUUUUGUGUCCCUGUUGUGUACACAAACCAUUCAAGGAAAUAUUUAAAAUUAUACACACAGGUGGUUCAGAAGUGAUUAUAUACAACUUGGCAUGUGUUUAACAUGUACAAUGAUUGGAAUGGACUCUUUUCCCAAAGGUUCAAGUUUCUACCCCACACAGAAUGUUUGUCUGUUUAAAAUGGACUAUGUUAUCAUGAACAGUGCAGCAGAACCAUAGGUUUAAAUUGAUACACGUGAAGUGGAGACCAUGUUUCAAAUAUUGAAGCAUCUGCUGAAUUUGACGAAAUGAUGCAUUGUAUAAUAUGAUACUGCUGUUUUCUUUUUAAAUAGACCCCACUAGAGAAGUGUAACAUCACAUGUCUUAUUGACUCUUGUCGUACAAACACUACACUCUUAGAAAAAAAAGGUUCUAAAAAGGUUAUUUGCGGAGGGAUAGGGUUCUACCAAGAAACGUUUUGAUCUGAAGAUCCCUUUUUGGAAGACAAGGGUUCUUUGUAAGGGAAAGGGUUCUACCUAGAACCUUUAACAUUCUAAGAACCGUUUUUGGAGGAAAGAGUUCUUUGAUAAUUCUUUAGAUGGCAAUAAGGAUUCUUUGGAAGGCAAGGGUUCUUCAUAGAACCAUAUAUCAUACAGUAUUUCCCAGCAUGCUCUAGGUAGAACCAUAUACAGGGAGUUCUAUAACGAACACUAUAUAAAAGAUUCAAGAUAGAACCCUCUGCAAAGGGUUCCCCCCUAUGGGGACAAUCCGAAGAACCCUACAAGGUACUACUAUUUAGCAGCUUUUUUCCCUAAGAGUGUAGAUACUGGAAUUGCAAUGGCAUGUUGUGUAUGGACAACCUACUUUAGCCCCUACUGUGUGAGACGUAUUGAAUGUACAGGCCUAUAUAGUAAGUUUCCAGGGAUGUUGUUUUGAUAGUCUCUACUUUGUCUGCACUGUCUCUUCCGCUGCUCUGUUAAACUAGAGGUAUGCUAGCGUCAACUUGGCUUCUGAAGGAAGGACUUAAGUCAAUAGAAUCUCAGACCAAAGUGGCCGUGCUUUACUCUGGGCUUGGAGUAAUAGACAGCUACUGGCAUUGAAUUUGGCAUGUCAAAGGCAAAAGGUAUCACAGUUACCAUGGCGUCAGACAUGAAAAUGGGAAGAGGGCAAGGGGAGAAAGCUUCCCCCUCACUUGAUGUGAAGGAAAAAUGGGGAACGGUCUUUGUUGUUUGAGAACACGGGCUUGCUGGUGUGUUGAGGGCUACCAGAGAUCCCAGUGGCCCUGUGGUGGAUAUGCCUACACUCAGUAAAACAAUCACUCAGUCACUUGGAAAAAAAUAAAGAUUUGGAAGAGUGGUUAUUAUUCAAGAUAAUAAAAAGGUAUAGUGUAGCCACUUUCUUCUGUUCUGUCUGGAUUCCUCAAGAUUUGGAGCAGGGACAUGAAAAGAAAAUGGUUCUAGGCCCAUGAAAAAGGCCUGGCAUGUUAGAUGUUGGGAAUCCACAAUGUUUCGUCGCCUGAUACCUCCAUGCUAGCACAGACCAGACCACCCACCCAAAAUCUAGGAAUAUAGCGUUAUGUUUUAGCCGCUGCUACUUACCCAUCUCUCACUUAAAGUCUCUGGGAUCUUUUUUUUCUUCAUUUGAUUGGAUGACUAGGACAUUUGUGAAGGCGUUAAGAAGUACUGUAGACAAUCAGAAAUGUAUGCAAUUAGAUUACCUGUAUAUCUUUUAUGCAUCUACCUUCAUAAGUAAUAUGAUAGCACUGCUAACCCUGUGGCAACAACCAAUUGUAUGUUCAUUUUUUUAUUUUUUAUUAAUGGGUCAUUCCCAGCUUGUCCUACACGUUUGCACCAUGUAAUGAAUAUAAAGUUAUAAAGGUGAAGGUCCCCUUUAAAGGGAUAGUUCAAGAUUUUGACAAUGAAGCUACGAGCUAGUUCCCUCAAUGCUAACUAGCAUUAACACAAUGACUGGAAGUCUACUGGAACAGUUAGCUAAUUAGCACCAGUCAUUGUGCUAAUGCUAGUUAGCUUUGACUCGCAAAACUACCUUCCUGCAUACUGUACGCAGAGACAUAAAAAUGGUAUCCACUAGUUCAUCAGACUCUGGGGAAGUAGAUAACAGGUUUAUUGUUAGGUAGGUGAAUGUGGCAUUUAAAGCAUUUUCUGCAGCUCACUUGUAAUGAAGGACAAUGUUUUUAGUGUCACUCUUAAGAAGGUGAGUAUGGUUUAUACAUGCUAUACCUGAGUUAAAAUCAUCCUGAAGCCAUGUCACACACAAAUACACACACACACACACACACACACACACACACACACACACACACACACAAAGAUAAGUCUUUCUGCUCUGAAAACGAUACCUAUUGAAGUGGGGUUUGUCUGUCUGAGAAAAAAAGUAUGUGUUAAUUUUAUGAUAAAUUAUGAAUUACUUUAGCAUUAGCAAUACUGAAAGAUAUUUAUGUUAUGUGGAUACUUGAAUAGCGGUUCAGCCUGUUAUUAUUGUAAAGAGGUUUUCAAACUACUGUAAAACAAAUUGUUAUUUUUUUGUCUGAAAAUAAAUAUUUAUGUGUUUCAAAUAAAUCUA